AUGCCCCCUUCUGUGUCACUCCCCAACACUCUCCUUCUGCGGCUGAAUACUCUCCUUCUGCGGCUGAACACUCUCCGCAUAUGCCUAGAUGCUCUCUCGUCAACUAUUCCUAUCGCCGACUCCGCUACGCCCACUUGCGACUUCCGGAGCUGGAAUUGCGACCUCGAGAUCCUUGAAGACCUCGGCUCCUAUGCUUCUCUCCUCAAUCGCGAUCUCGAGGUCGUGCUGGCCCCCGGAGGACGUCGGUCCGGUCCUUGCCCCGUCCGGUUCACAGCACGCAGGCAAGGACUUACAGCUGUGGCCAGUGCCAUCACUAAGGUGCUCCUCGUGGACGAUCGGACGUCUGAUGCAACUCUCGAGAAGUGGAUUGACAACCUCACUACCUCCUCACAGUCCUACGGCGAGACGGAAGACAUGAUACUGAGCGACGUUGUACUAGUUGAGAAUGCCGGCGUUGUCGACUGA